AGGUACUCCCUCCGUGCUUCCUCCGUUAGAAGCUAAAAGGUCCAGCUAACUCCAGAGAUCAUCAUGCCUGCUGGGAAAUGCAAAUUUCAAGAUUCCUGGCUUGCAAAGGCCGCCUUCAAGGACUGGCUGGCCAAGGACUCCGAUGACAUCCACUUCGCUCGAUGCAGGGCCUGUUUUAAAUUAAUCAAACUGCAGUCCAUGGGCGAGGCGGCUCUCACCAGCCACGCAGGAGGAUCCGCUCACAAAGCUGCGGUCCGCAAGCUGCUGGAAGGCACUUUAAUAAAUGAAGCGGGGCACAUGAAUGGCAGCGCAAAUUGGGGAGAAGACAGCAAGGAGCAUGUGGCCAUCUGCCUCCAGCGCGAAGCCUUGGACAGAAUAGCAGGCAGCGACUGGUCAGAUCUGCACCACAGCCCCACCACAAACUCCACCCCCUACAAAGCAGAGCAGCAGGAUGCAAGCUUUCCUACUGCCGCCUUCACAGCUCCAGGCACCUCCCGGCUCACCAGCCAGCGUCUCCACUCGCAGGACCGGGGCACGGAGGCCGGCGGGCUCCGCCUGGCGCAGCAGGACACGCUUGAGCUGCCCAGGCUGGAGCUCCAGCAGAGGGCCGAGGCCCUGGAGCAGCAGAUGAAGAUCCUGGAGUGGGAGAACAGGAUGAAGGUGCUGGCGUGGGAGCAGGAGCUGGUGAAGGAGAAGAGGAGAGCCGUCCGGCAGAAGGAGAAGGCGUUCCGGAUGAAGAAGGCUUACUACAAGGCCAAGCUAAAGAGGCUGGGCGAGGAGCCGCUGCCAUCGUCCUCCAGCAGCGGCGAUGAAGAGGAGAAAUCUCCUGACAUGACAGGCUGAUCUGGUCUAACAUUUUUGUAAUUGUCGUUUCAUUCUUGUAUUGUUGUGCUUUUUCUAAAUCCAUGAAACUAUUUUUAUACAUUUAUAUAGAUUGUUGAUUUCCUCAUAAGUGAGGAUAAGACAUUCGUUAUGUUGUGGUGGAAAAGAAAAACAGCCUUCUGACAUCAUCUUAUUCAAUGCCUUAAAACUUGGUUUUAGACAUUUACAUGGGCUUUUACGCCUAAAAUCCUGCUGUAAAGCAAGGACUAGAAGCAAAUCAGCCCCAGACAGGAGUCAUGUCGGUCUGGAGCGUAGGUGUCUAACCUUGACUGGACCUGAGGUUAAGGCUGCGUCCCAAUACUCCCCCUCGCCCUCGUUUUCUUCACUAACCCUAACUUUUGCGCGUUCCCGUGAAGGUAGUGGUGUCCCAAUUCCUCUUUUCACCUAGGGGGAGGGGGCAUAACGAGGGCUAGGGGCUGAGAAUAGCCCCUUCAAAUCGAGGGAUUUCAGAUGCUGACUUGGCGAGCGAGGGGGUAUGAAAAUUUCCCAGAAUGCUUUUGCCGUAGGCUCUGCGUCGAUUUGACUCGCCGACCGAAGGCAAACAGGCAGACUCGUCUCAGAGAAAUAGAGAGAAAUAAUCCUAUGACUCGUCAGAUUUGUUUUGGAUGUUUCUGAUAUAAUAGUCUUCAGAAACCACAAAGUAAUCCAGCUGUUAUCUGGGUAAUUUACACACUUUCAGAUAAAGUUGCCGAAGAUCACGGCAGAAUAAAGGGAUUUAUGGUUCCGUGUUACACCAACGCAGAGCCUACGGCGUAGGUUACGUAACCUACGCCUGCGUCGAUGUACGCGGCGACGCGCGCCGUAUGCCGUACCCUACGCCGUAGGCUCUGCGUCGAUUUUUUUUUUUUUUUUUUUUUUUUUUUUUUUAACCUUGUCUGCACACAUAUUAAUGAUUGAUACCAUGACAGUAGAAACCAAAGGGGUAUAUAUGUGCAUUAUUACUAUAUUUAAUAUAUAUAUACAUAUAUAUACGCAUACAUAUGCAUACACAUACAUAAAUAUACACAUACAAACCCAGGCUCUGCGUCGAUUUAACGCGGACCCAAACUCCGGAGCCGGCAGACAGAAAUCUCUAAAUUUCGGAGCAAAUUUCUUAACAGGCGUAGCUACAACUGUUAGAUUUCAUCUAUUAAACCAAAAUCUUCCUAAAUGAUUUAUUUCAGCCAGCAUAAUUCUCAACAGAGCUGCGUCCCGGGAGAGAGUUCUCUCCCGGGACGACGGAGCAGCUUAACCCGGCGGAUACGUCUGUUUUCGGGCCGAGGCUGCUCCCCGGGGGCGGCGGCUCUUCUCAUCCCCGAAAACAUCGGGUCAAAUUUCUUAACAGGCGUUAUUUGGAUAAACUGAGCCCCGGUUGCGGAUCUUAAGGUUACCUUUAUGCCUGAAAAAAUAUUAAAACUUAAUAAAGUGCCAUAUUAACAGCGCUACAGCUGAAAUUAAAACAGCUUUUGGCUCUCAGCUUCCUGAUCAGGUUAGGGAUGAAAACGAGGGGGAGUAGGAGAAAUGGGACAGGCACCUGGGCCAAGUACCCUAGAUCUCAAAUGCCCUAAAAUAUCCCCCUUCUUUUUUAGGGGUUAGGGAAGAAAAGAAGGGCGAGUGGAGAAAAGAAGGGCGAGUGAAGUUGAAUUGGGAUUGGGCCAUUUACUUGGGCUUUUAUGCCUAAAAUCCUGCUGUAAAGUAGAAGCAAAUCAGCCCCAGACAGGAGUCGUGUUGGUCUGGAGCGUAGGUGUCUGACCUUGAGUGGAUCUGAGGCUAAGAUGUUCAUAUUAGCUGAAAGAUGAUUCCUGCUGUGGUUCCUCAGCAGAACAUGCUCACAAACAUUAACUGACACCAGAAAGAACCAUUUUAAAGUGAAGUGUAGUGCUCAUUUUACAGAAUAAUGUGAUCAAACAGAAAUGCUGUUAUUUGCACAUAUUUUGAGAAUUAAAAAAGAUUAAAAAUCAUAAUGUUCCUUUUUUACUACCUGAUUAUUCAAUAUUCUAAAUCACAAAAUGAUAUUUUGUUUUUCCUCAAGCAAAUGUCUCCUUUCAUAACAAAUUUAUCUUGGCUGUUUUAAAGAAUUCAAAUCUGACAGAAAUUCUCAGAGCUGCUCGGUGGCGUAGUGGGUUAAGCAGCGGCUCGUAUACUGAGGCUACAGUCCUCCUGCAGCGGUUGCAGGUUUGAAUCCCAGCCUUCGCACCUUUGCUGCGUGUCAUCCCCAUUCUCUCUCUCUACCCCCUUCCUGUCUGUACACUUUGAAUAAAGGGCCACUAGAGCCC